AUGUUAGGCUCGCACAAACCACAAACGAAUAUUUUAUCUGUAAAGAACCGGCAGCACAAUCGGACUAGGCUUGUAUUGCCUCACGAUGAAUUGCCCGCAGAGGAGCCGCGGUGUGAGCAGCCGGUGGAAGCGCCAGAUAACAAAACAUUGCCGGCUUCACCAAAACUGAUCCAUUCAAAGCCUCUACAUGUGGUGGGGUUCACUUCUUUGCUAUCCCGUUACCGCCGGCGCCCCGCUGUCAAGUGCGAUUGCGGCCGGCAGCUGGAGAGCCCGGGGCUGCGGUUUGAAGGCAUCAAGCACCUGUUGAUGAUUGUGCUCUUUCUGGGCAGCCUGAGACUGCUGUGGAUUGACUCACAAAUUAAGGGUAUCCGAUACGCAUUCCGGAAAGCCGGGUUCCAGUCGAAGGAUAUGAAAUAUUGCAUACUGCUUUUGGCCAUGAACCUUGUUUAUUUGCCCAUUGCGUUGAUAGUUGAGCGAAUUGCCGCCACUUCGUGCAAUCCCAACAAGCAAGAGUCGAAAUUGAGCCAGUGCCGAUGUAAAAUGGUCACUGCAGUACAUAUUCUCAAUGCCUCGACCUGCUUGAUCGGCUCCAGUCUUUUUUGUUACCAGUUCAUUUGGAACCCGUUGAUUGGCACCAUUUGUGAGUCCAACACCAUCAUUACAUUUUUCAAAUUGACAUCCUACUGUCUAACAAACACCGCGUUGAGAGAGAACCAUCACCUCGGCACGUCCGGGCCGGAGUACUACGGGUCGGUCCGCUAUCCAAACAAUCUCACCGCCAGAAACGCCGUCUACUUUUGGUUUGCACCCACCCUUAUUUAUCAGCCCGUGUAUCCGCGCACCGAGAGAAUCAGAUGGCAGGUAUUCUGGUCACUGGUCGGCGAAACCCUCGUGGGAUUGAUUUUUAUUUGGAUGCUCAGUUUGAAGCUGGCAGCUCCAAUCCUGAACGACACAAUGAUUCAUUAUGAGACUGGAAGUCUUCAGCUUGUGGACGACUUUAUCAAACUGUGCGCGGUCAACAUCACUAUCUGGCUGUUGGGAUUUUUUGUGAUUUUCCAAUCCGUCCUAAACCUGCUGGCUGAAAUCACUCGCUUCGCAGAUAGGGACUUUUAUCGCGACUGGUGGAACGCAGGAUGUCUGGGUACCUACUGGAGAGAUUGGAACAAGCCGAUCUCGAACUUUUUGCGAAGACAUGUCUACUAUCCUUUGCGAAGCCGCAAGGUUGGCAACUUGGCCGCAUCGAUCAUAGUGUUUUUCAUUUCGGCGGUCUUUCACGAACUGCUGGUCGGUGUUGCCACCAAGAACUUUAAUGGCGUCGCCUUCUUCUCAAUGAUGGCUCAAGUGCCAUUGAUCAAACUGACCGAGCCCUUGGAGAAAAUUCGUGGCCCUGGGACUACAAUUGGCAACUGUAUUUUUUGGCUAUCGAUUUUACUGGGACAGCCCACGGGGCUGAUCAUUUACUACGUCUCGUGGAGCUUGAAGCAUAAAUAG